CUGAUAUUUGGUCAUCUUAUACAUAUUAUUCAUACUUUGAUAUUACUUGUUACUGGAUUAAUAAUAACUUUGAACUAUGUAAAGCAUUAUUUGAAGUUGAAGAAUUUAAAUAUGAAUAUACAGCAGAAAGAAUUGUACAAUUACUCGAAGCUGCAAUAGAAAAAUA